UCCCGUUAGACUCUCAUCCAUCUAAGCUUGCUGGCAGUCUGGGCUCAAAGAAUCGUUACUUUGAUUUUGACAAGUUAGCAGAGGUGACUGCUACUGUUACUAUUAAUCUCAAUAAGAUAAUAGAUGUGAAUUACUAUCCUGUGGAGACUGCAAAAACUUCAAACAUGCGUCACAGACCUAUUGGUAUCGGUGUACAAGGUCUUGCAGAUGCAUUUAUCCUCCUUGGAAUGCCAUUUGAUUCUCCAGAGGCCCAACAAUUGAAUAAGGAUAUAUUUGAAACCAUAUACUACCAUGCCCUCAAAGCAUCUUCAGAGCUUGCUGCAAGAGUUGGGCCCUAUGAAACCUACGCAGGAAGUCCUGUGAGUAAGGGAAUCCUUCAACCUGACAUGUGGAAUGUAAUUCCAUCAAACCGCUGGGACUGGGCUGAUCUUAGAAAUAUGAUAUCAAAGAAUGGAGUGAGGAACUCUCUUUUAGUAGCACCUAUGCCAACUGCUUCAACCAGUCAGAUUCUCGGGAACAAUGAAUGUUUUGAGCCAUACACAUCAAACAUCUACAGCCGGAGAGUCUUGAGUGGUGAGUUCGUAGUGGUGAAUAAGCAUCUUCUCCAUGACUUAACUGAUAUGGGACUUUGGACUCCAACGUUGAAGAACAAAUUAAUUAAUGAGAAUGGUUCUAUAGUAAAUGUUGCGGAGAUACCUGACGACUUGAAGGCUAUUUACAGAACCGUGUGGGAAAUCAAACAGAGAACAGUGGUGGACAUGGCUGUUGAUCGUGGAUGCUACAUAGAUCAAAGCCAAAGCUUGAACAUACACAUGGACAAACCCAACUUCGCAAAACUCACUUCCUUACACUUCUAUGCUUGGAAAAAGGGUUUGAAAACCGGGAUGUAUUACCUGCGAUCUCGUGCUGCAGCUGAUGCGAUAAAGUUCACAGUUGACACAGCCAUGCUCAAGGAGAAGCCGAGUGUAGCAGAAGGAGGUAAAGAAGUAGAAGAAGAGGAUAAUGAAACUAAGUUGGCGCAGAUGGUAUGUUCCUUGACAAACCCUGACGAAUGUUUAGCCUGCGGAAGUUGAAGCUCUUUGUUAUAUUAGUUUGGUCUUCAAAAGCAAGAAAGUAAAACCAUGUCUCGUGGACUUUGGGUCUUUUCUAUACUUGCUUGUUGAUGAUCUGUGUGUAUGUUGUUAAUAGUUUCCGAAUGCUUAACGUUGCUUCGAGUUUUGUGUAAUCCAAUUUCGUUUUUUCUUUUUCUUGAAACAAUGGGUUUGUAACGAGAAAAUAUAUAAUCUUAUAGUAGAUUUUGCAUUGACACAAA